GAAAGCAAAGGGAGAUCGCGGGCAGCCUUGCAGCCUCCCUCUCCCCACUCCUGGACCAUGCACCCCUGCAUCUUCUUGCUCGGCCACGGGCGAGGACUUGAUUUCUUGAGCUGAGAGCUAAAACUUGUUGAUUUUUCUUCUCCCCAACGACUGAAUCAUGCCAUGUGCCCAGAGGAGCUGGCUUGCAAAGCUCUCCGUGGUGGCUCAGCUCCUGAACCUGGGGGCCCUUUGCUAUGGGCGACAACCUCAGCCGGGCCCGGUGCUCUUCCCAGACAAGAGGCAAGAGCAUUUUAUCAAGGCCCUGCCAGAAUACCACGUGGUGGCUCCUGUCCAAGUUGAUGCGAGCGGGCAUUUUCUCUCUUAUGGCUUGCACCAUUCUGUCUCCAGCAGCAGGAGAAAGAGAGAUUUGGAUGGCCUAGAGGACCGGGUGUACUAUAGAAUUUCACAUGAGGAGAAGGACUUGUUCUUUAACUUGACGGUCAAUCAGGGAUUACUUUCCAAAAGCUACAUUGUGGAGAGGAGAUACGGGAACCUCUCCCAUGUGAAGAUGGAGGCUUCCUCGGGCCCCCCCUGCCAUCUCAGGGGCAUAGUUCUGCAGCAGGGCACCAGAGUCGGGACUGCAGCCCUCAGCGCCUGCCAUGGACUGACUGGAUUUUUCCAUCUACCACAUGGAGACUUUUUCAUUGAGCCUGUCAAAAAGCAUCCUCUGGCUGAGGGAGAGUACCACCCACACGUCAUAUACAGGAGGCAGAGGCGAGGCAUCCCAGAGAUGAAGGAGCCAACCUGUGGAUUAAAGGACAGUCCUGGCACCUCCCAGAAACAAGAGCUACUGCGAGAGAAGUGGGAGAGGAGCCACUUGCGAGGCAGAAGCCUCUCUCGACGUUCCAUCAGCAAGGAGAGGUGGGUGGAGACGCUGGUGGUGGCCGACACGAAGAUGAUUGAGUACCACGGGAGGGAGAACGUGGAAUCUUAUAUCCUCACCAUCAUGAACAUGGUCACCGGGUUGUUCCAUAACCCAAGCAUUGGCAAUGCAAUCCACAUCGUUGUGGUUCGGCUCAUUCUACUUGAAGAAGAAGAGCAAGGAUUGAAAAUAGUUCACCAUGCAGAGAAGACACUGUCCAGCUUCUGCAAGUGGCAGAAGAGCAUCAAUCCCAAGAGUGACCUCAACCCUGCCCAUCAUGAUGUGGCCGUCCUUCUCACCAGAAAAGACCUCUGUGCGGGUGUCAAUCACCGCUGUGAGACUCUGGGGCUGUCCCACCUGUCAGGAAUGUGCCAGCCUCACCGGAGUUGUAACAUCAAUGAAGACUCUGGACUCCCCUUGGCUUUCACAGUUGCCCAUGAACUCGGACACAGCUUCGGCAUCCAGCAUGAUGGGAAGGAAAACGACUGUGAGCCCGUGGGCAGGCACCUGUACAUCAUGUCCCGCCAGCUGCAGUACAAUCCUGCCCCGCUGACGUGGUCCAAAUGCAGCAAGGACUAUAUCACUCGCUUCCUGGACCGAGGCUGGGGGUUCUGUCUGGAUGACAUCCCCCAAAAGAAAAGCUUGAAGUCCAACAUCAUUGCCCCUGGAGUGAUCUAUGAUGUUCACCACCAAUGCCAGCUGCAGUAUGGCCCAAAUGCUACCUUCUGCCAGGAAGUAGAAAAUGUUUGCCAGACACUGUGGUGCUCGGUGAAGGGCUUUUGUCGCUCCAAGUUGGACGCUGCUGCAGAUGGGACUCAAUGUGGUGAGAAGAAGUGGUGUAUGGCUGGCAAGUGUAUCACAGUGGGCAAAAAACCAGAGAGCAUUCCUGGAGGCUGGGGCCGCUGGUCACCCUGGUCCCACUGUUCCAGGACCUGUGGGGCCGGAGCCCAGAGUGCAGAGAGGCUCUGCAACAACCCUGAACCAAAGUUCGGAGGGAAGUACUGCACUGGAGAAAGAAAGCGCUAUCGCUUGUGCAACAUCCACCCCUGUCGCCCAGAUACACCCACUUUUCGGCAGAUGCAGUGCAGUGAGUUUGACACUGUUCCCUAUAGGAAUGAAUUCUACCACUGGUUUCCGGUUUUUAAUCCAGCACGCCCUUGUGAGCUCUACUGCCGACCCAUCGACGGCCACUUUUCCGAGAAAAUGCUGGAUGCUGUCAUUGAUGGUACCCCUUGCUUUGAAGGCGGCAACAGCAGAAAUGUCUGUAUUAAUGGCAUGUGUAAGAUGGUUGGCUGCGAUUAUGAGAUCGACUCCAACGCCACGGAGGACCGCUGUGGUGUGUGCCUUGGGGAUGGCUCAGCCUGCCAGACUGUGAAGAAGAUGUUUAAGCAGAAAGAAGGAUCUGGUUAUGUUGACAUCGGACUGAUUCCAAAAGGAGCCAGGGACAUACGGGUAAUGGAGGUUGAAGGUGCUGGAAACUUUCUGGCCAUCAGGAGUGAAGACCCUGAAAAAUAUUACCUCAAUGGAGGAUUUAUUAUCCAGUGGAAUGGGAACUACAAGCUGGCAGGGACCAUCUUUCAAUACGACAGAAAAGGAGACCUGGAGAAACUGAUGGCCACGGGUCCCACCAAUGAGUCAGUGUGGAUCCAGCUUCUAUUCCAGGUGACUAACCCUGGUAUCAAGUAUGAGUACACAAUCCGGAAGGAUGGCCUUGACAAUGACGUGGAGAAGCUGGUGUACUUCUGGCAGUAUGGCCGCUGGACAGAGUGCAGUGUAACAUGUGGAACAGGUAUCCGACGCCAGACUGCCCAUUGCAUGAAGAAGGGUCGUGGGAUAGUGAAAGCAACGUUCUGUGACCCAGAAACACAACCCAAUGGGAGACAGAAGAAGUGUCAUGAAAAGGAUUGUCCACCCAGGUGGUGGGCAGGGGAGUGGGAAGCAUGUUCCACGACAUGUGGGCCCCACGGAGAGAAGACGCGAACAGUGCUGUGCAUCCAGACCAUGGGCUCAGAUGAGCAGGCUCUCCCCGCUCAAGACUGCCAGCAUCUGCUAAAGCCCAAGACCCUCGUGUCCUGCAACAGAGACAUCCUGUGUCCAUCGGACUGGACAGUGGGCAACUGGAGUGAGUGCUCUGUUUCCUGUGGUGGUGGAGUACGGAUUCGCAGUGUCACGUGUGCCAAGAACCACGAUGAGCCCUGCGACAUGACGAGGAAACCCAACAGCAGGGCUCUCUGUGGCCUCCAGCAGUGCCCAUCCAGCCGGAGAAUUCUGAAGCCCAACAGAGGCACAAUUUUCAGUGGGAAAAAGCUACCAACACCUGACCCCUUCAAGCCUGUCCCUCCAACUACACCCAGUCCCAGGAUGCUGACUACACCCAGUCCCAGGGUGCUGACUACACCCACAGUGCCUGGGCCUCUGAGCCCAAGCGCUCCGACAGUUAACAGCCCUGAUCCUUCCACCGCCUCCAAAGGAGACCUGGAUGGGAAGCAAGGGCAGAAUAGUUCAAUCCAAACUGAACUGGACACCCAUAAUGUCAUUUCCACUAGAAGUACUUCCCAGCCCAUCCUCACUUCUCGGUCUUUGAGCAUCCAGCCAAAUGAAGAGAAUGUUUCCGAUCCCGACACUGGUCCUACCUCCAAGGGAGACCUUGUCAUCACAACGACGAGUGGUUCUGACUUGUCAACUUCCAGCAAUGCUGUGACUUGGCAGGUGACUUCGUUUUACAGUCCCUUGACCAAAGAGCCAGAAAUGGAGAUUCAUAGUGGCUCAGGGGAAGACAGUGAACCAUCUGAGAAAAAAAAUGAGAACAACUCUGUGACAUGGACCAAGAUCAGAGUACCUGGAAAUGAUGCUCCAGGGGAAAGAAGUACAGAAAUACCACUUGGAGCUCCACCAACCCCUUAUCUUGGGGGGACAUCUCUAUGGCCACCCUUUAGCACAGUAUCAGAAGGACUGGUACCCAGCCAAAGGCCCAUUACUGUCAAAAAUGGAGCAUCCAGAGCUGAAGGGAUGGUCACUGAAAAGCCAGCUAAUACUCCACUCCCUCUGGGAGCAGACCACCAGCCAGCAUACUCCAAAGAGCCAGUAAACCAUCGCCCCCCAGAACUUCCAAGCAACAUGAACCUAACACAGAGUCCCGGACCAGUCCUGACCAAGGAAGAUGCAACAAGUCUGAUGGCUGAGGGAUUUCUGCUGAAUGCCUCGGAUUACAAGCAGCUCUCGAUGGGACACAGCCCUGCCUACUGGAUUGUUGGAAACUGGAGUGAGUGCUCCACCACGUGCGGGCUGGGGACCUACCGGCGGAGCGUGCAGUGCAGCACCCACGUGGAUUCCGACUGCGCCACCCUGCGGAGGCCAGACCCGGCCAAGAGGUGCCACCUCCGUCCCUGCGCUAGCUGGAAAGUGGGAAACUGGAGCAAGUGCUCCAGAAACUGCAGCGGGGGCUUCCAGAUCCGGGAGAUUCAGUGUGUGGACAGCCGGGACCGCCGGAGCCUGAGGCCGUUUCACUGCCGGUUCCUGGCCGGCCUUCCCCCUCCACUGACCUCAAGCUGUAACGUGGAGCCCUGCGAGGAGUGGCAGGUGGAGCCCUGGAGCGAGUGUUCCAGCUCCUGUGGAGGCGGAGUUCAGAAGAGAGGGGUGACUUGUCCAGGAGGCCUCUGUGACUGGGCUAAACGGCCCACGUCCACCGCACCCUGCAGCGGGCACCCUUGCUGUCACUGGGCCGCGGGGAACUGGGACCCGUGCACCGUGUCCUGUGGAGGUGGCUUUCAGAAGAGGACUGUCCAUUGCGUGGCCUCAGAGAACAAUAAAACCGAAGGCCAGGACCGAUGCCUGUGUGAUCACAAACCCAGACCCCCAGAAUUCCAGAAGUGCAACCAGCAGGCCUGCCAGAAGAACGCUGAUCUCCUUUGCACCAAGGACAACUUAUCAGCCAGUUUCUGCCAGACGCUGAAAACCAUGAAGAAAUGUUCCGUGCCCACCGUGAGGGCUCAGUGCUGCCUCUCGUGUUCCCAGACACACAUGGCCCACACCCAAAGGCCAAGGAAGCGACAGCCACUCAAGAUCCCCAAAGCACCCUGAGUGCAGGAGGAAGCCACCCCCCACCAUAGACUGCAGCAGCCUGCUGACCAGGACAUGUUCUAGCCCAGGGACCACUUCCUCACUGUGUUACUCUGUGUGUUUCAGGUUCAACUUUGACUCAUAACAAAAAUUACACUGUGUCCCUUUAGCCACACAGUGUCCCUCAGGACUCAUGGCACUGUUGUGCUCACUGCUCCCUGAUAGGCAGGUGAGGUGUCCAGGAGAACUGGGCUUCUCAGGGGGUCAUCUCCUGGGAAAGGUACCCAGUUGGACAAGUCUAUGAAAUGAUGUCUUUUGUUUCUCCCUUAAAGAUAAAAACAGAGAGAGACCAUAUUUUCCCCAGACUACCUCAAGAGUAUCAGGAAACAGAGCCUCACUUAUCCAGGGAAGACAUACACUUGUUAAUUUACUUUGAUGAAAUCACUCCCUUUUUUCUUUUUUUUUUCUAAAUCUUCCUACUUGGGGUAGCUGCUGUUUCAGAUGUCAUGGGGGAACUUUCAGGAACAUUCUUGUAAUUCAUCCAGGCAGGGGACCGCUUUCUCUACCCAAUAUUUAACUGAGGCAGGAAGAAAAAGUCCUGGCUACAGACUCAGUCUGUCCCUAAUCCCUGUAGGCUCUACAUCUGAGCUGUGUAGACUCCCAUGCCUUCCUAGGGACACUAGAAGAAGAGGAAAUGGGCAGGAACUGUAGCUUUAGUAAACCUAAGGGACUUAGGUUAUACAGAAGACAUUUCUGACUUAGGAUAAUUUCUAUGAAAACUCUUAAAAAACCAAUGAUCAGAAAUCAGUUUCUUGUAUCAGGAAGAGAAUGUGGGCUUCUAUUCUCCCCACUUCCCUGGCACAUACCCAUUGCUUCGUAGAAGAGCAUGUGAGUCUUCCUGUGUGACUGUCCCUUCCCUGGCACAUCCCUGCCUGGGUCUUCAAUUCAGGGCGAACAUCUUUCCACCGCUGGAGCUUUACACAUCACAAGUGGUACAGCCAGGUCUGCGUCUACAACCCGCCCACCUACCCUCAGGUUGGGAAAUGGAGCUCUAGAUGAAAAUAUUUCUAAGACCUAGGUAAAUUGUAUCAAGUAUAGAAAAACUUUGUAUAAACUAAUAGUCUCAAGAAAAAAAACUUUUCAAAAAGGAGGUAAAGCUGACCUACUCUCUAGCACACCCAGUAGUUACUUUUGAGAAUCUGUUUCCUUGAAGGGAACAGGUGAGUCAGGGAGUCCAAAAAAGUUAAGAAGGCUGAAUCUUUAAUGUUCCAUCACCCAGCAGGAGUCAAAGUAGGUUAUGGUCUCAAGAUGAAGGUGAAUUUUCUGGUUUGUAAGAGGUGUUUAUAUGAACUGAACCUGGAAAAUCAGGGGAGGGUGAGAGGAGUAGAGCCCCCAGGGAAAGAAGCCUUCAGAACCAGCUCUUGAAGGGGGGGAAGGCAGAAGAGUCAUCUUCAUGUCAUGGACCACCUGUCUUCAGACUCACACACAAGUACCAUUAACAUUCACCAUGGAGCACAGUGUCCCAUCUUUCCCUUGAGUUAUCUCUCCGUUCAGCAGAAUGGUGCUAUUGAAACAUGGUGCUAAUAUCCAGAUGGUGGCAGAACGAAUAUAAACAUGUAGAUAGAUGUACAAGUGGGCAAAUCCAUAUGCGUCUUCUGUUAAAUGUGUAAUGGUGUUGCUGGCCAAUGCCAGUUCUAUUGCUUGGAUACCAGAAGCUGAAAAUUUUUAUAUUAUGUGCUUUUUUUUUUUCAA